ACUCGAUAUGAUGUACUACAUAAACUUAAGAAACAAUUCUGUUCAGAAAAAUUUACUGGUGGUUGCCUUGGUGAUCGUAGUGCUCGGUGCAAUCCAUCUUUAUGUGAAAUGUACGAACUGCAAUUUAAAUGAUGGAUUUUCUAAACUGGACGGACAUAACGAUUAUCAUCAAAUGAAGAUGUUUUCAGACCAUAAGAAAAUAGGUCACGAUAUUCCUAAUGAAAAUACUAAUGCUAAGACUGAUGGUGAAGAUACAAAUGAACUUAAGGGAGAAAGUGACGAGGAGUCCAAAAAUGACAAAAACAAUGAAAUUACUGAUACUGAAGCUGAUGGUGAAGAAAAAGAUGAACUCAAUGGAGAAAGUGAAGAAGAAUAUGAAAGUGACAAGGAUGACGACUCUAUAGAUAUUACCCUUAUUGAUUCUUUUAGAGAAUAUGACACAGAAAUGUUCGCUAAAAUGUCUGCUGAUGAAAUUUACAAUUACUACGUCGACUUUUUUGAAUUGUCCAAAAAGAAUAAAGGUCACCAAGAGCCGUAUCUAAACCAACAAAGUGAAGAAGAAACUAUUGCUAAAAAAAACAUAAACAACAAAAACACUUCAAAAUUUGCAGAUGUCAUUCUUGCAGGAAUGUUCAAGGGUGGCACUGGUACCUUUACGAACUGGCUAACCAACCAUCCACAGAUCUAUACAUCCAAUCAUCCGAGUGGUUAUUACGCUAAAGAUUAUUUAUAUUCUACGUUAACAUUAGAAGAUUUGAAAAGUGGCCUGAAUGACACGAAUAAAGUAUACUUUGAGCGCUGUACAAUAUGUUAUACGAGUCAGGUUGCGAGGGAGAGAAUUCUAGCCGCAUACCCAGACGGUAAUGUCAAACUCAUAAUUAUGGUCAGAGAUCCCAUAGAACGUCUCAUAUCAGCCUAUGUACAAAAUAUAUUGAAUAAGGGUUUUAAACAUAAUUUCACAUUAGAAGAGACAGUGUUCUUCCCCAAUGGCAGUAUUAGAUGCGAUAAACAUUUUAUCACUGACAGUAUUUACGUGUUACACUUUGCGAAAUGGAUUCAGAUGUUCCCGCGGGAAAACAUACUCUUAUUAGACUCUGGAAACUUUGUCAAAAAACCUUGGGAGGAAAUGCAUAAAGUCGAAAAAUUCAUCGGAAUCGAUUCAUUUUUUACAAGAAGUAGAUACUCUCCUAACCCGGAAAAGCCUCAGUUUCACUGUAUUAAAUUUGACGAUCGGGAUAAGGUUCGCUGCUCAGGGAGGUCAAAAGGAAGACCACAUCCCAAGGUAUCGAAUAACACAACUGAAAGGUUGAAAAACCUUUUUAAGGCUUACAAUGAGCAGUUUGUAACACUCUCAGGUCAGCAGUUCACGUGGAGUCAAAAUUAUGAUUGAGUUAGAAUUAAAGUAAAACAUAAUCAUUCUAUGAUUCAGUUAAGAAUUAAGGUAAAACAUAAACACCUUCUUGUCAAAUUAAUCACAUGUAAAACAUCACAAUCUAAUGAUUUUACUUUUGCCAUCAAGAUUCAAAGAAUUCAUCAUGAAGCAUGCAAAAUAAGGCCAUAAGAAGUUGAUUCUUUG